AUGUCAGAGAUUAAGUCUGUUUUGCAAAAGUGGUCGCCUGAAAGAUUGGCCCUGUUCCUCACCCUCAGAGGUGUUGAAGUCCCAGUGGGAAUUACCAGAGAUGCGUUGAUUGACCUUGCCAUCGAAAAGAGGGACGUUCCUAUCAUCUACGUCAAGGCAAGCAAGACUCUCUUCCGUGAGCUCACCCACGAGCAAUUGGUGCUCUAUUUGGAAGCGAGAGGAUAUGUAGUCUUGUUCAAGGGGAAGCUUGUUCCUGGAUUCCCGGACGCUCAUAUAGAUUUCCAAGAGGCCGAGCUUUUGAAGGGUGCUAUCAAGGACUUCGAGAAGAACUAUUCUUCAGACUCUGAAGAGAUCAACUUCCAGCUCCAAAAGAUUCUAACCAGGAAGUACGUUUUGCGCUCCAAGUCGAAAGAUUUCGUGCAGAAUCUUACACUUGGUGCUUAUGGCACAAAAAACAUCGAGCUUUUGCUGGCCAAAUUCGGGGUUGAUUACCAGCCAAUUUCCUCGCAGGAAGACUUGUGGAAGGUUGCCAGGGACUCGAUUAACUUCUUUGGAACUGGUGAGGUUUACUAG